GGGGUGGCUGAAUUGCUUGUGGUUCAAGGUUGUUCCGCUCCGGCGGCGCAAGAGCGGAGGAGAGCCUGGCUCCUGGGACGAAGCUCCUAAACGGCGAUCAUCGUGUAGCUAACGUGUUAUCAACGCCUUAUUUGUAACUGUCGUCAUAACGUUCGCCCACGACUCGCACACAAAGCAUCAGCAUGGGUACUUGAUAUUCGUAUACAGCAAGGUCUUCUACCCUUUUGAUCCGAGCCGAGUAACUGCAAACAAAAUGGGACGGCUUGCGUGGUAUGCUGGAGUGUCUACGGCCCUGGCUGGAGGGGUUAUACUUUCUGCCUUCAAUCAACGGGCAAACUUCUAUUCGGCGUGUGUUUAUAUGGCACAAAGCAACCUUUGCCUGAUGAUAUUGAUCAACCUGAUCCUUUUCGUCUACGGAUCUUUCAUGUACGGACUGCAGCGACUUUGUUAUGGAGCACUUCGGCCUAUUGAAAUCGAACAACUUUACGAGAAGUCUUGGUUCGCAAUAACGGAAACAUGUCUUGCAAUGACCAUAUUUAGAGAGGAAGUCGGUGCAUGGUUCUUGGUGAUGUUUGUUGCCCUCUUGACGGGUAAGGUAUGGGGAUGGAUCGGAGAUGGGAGAGUGGAGAUUCUCGAACAGCAACCACCUGCGAAUCCACGUCUUUUCCAUAUUCGGCUUUCUCUGUCCUUGGGCAUGUCUGCCGUGUAUGAUCUCUGGCUGAUGAAGUACACCAUCAACACCGUUAUCCAGCAGGCGAGGCCGAAUAUGAUGGUGAUGUUUCUUUUUGAGUUUGCCAUCCUCACCACAUCAUCAUUUGCGACGGCGUUGCGAUACGGCAUAUCAUUAGUAGAAAGCAGCGUGGUAAAGCAGCAAACCCAGGAACGACUUGCUGAGCGGAGGAGAGAGGUUAGAGAAGAGAGGGCCGAGAUGAUUCGUCAAAGGGAAACCGCAGCUGCGGGAGGUGCUGAAACAGCUGAUGCAAGUGCGCCUUUGCCUUUCGAAGAUGAUGUGGACGAAAUGGAUAUUGAAGUUCCCGGAUGGGAGGCAAAAGGCCAAUGGGUAUUGACCCUAGACUUGAUCACUGAUUUUGUCAAAUUGGGCAUUUACGUUUCGUUCUUUGUUAUUCUACUCAUGUUCUACGGUCUCCCAAUUCAUAUUAUGCGAGAUCUGUUCCUUACAGCACGGUCUUUCACCAAACGUCUGAGGGCUUUUGUGAAAUAUCGCAAGGCCACGCAGGAUAUGAAUGCAAGAUACGGGGAUGCUACAGUAGAGGAUAUCCAGCGGGAAGAUACUUGUAUCAUCUGUAGAGAGGAAAUGCGACCAUGGUCUGUCACAAAUCCAGAGCCUCCACCUGCGGCACCCGCGGAAGCACCCCCGAUAAGACCUACUACUACCAUUAAUGAACGAACUCGGCCUAAGAAAUUGCCCUGCGGCCAUAUCUUGCAUCUCGGUUGUCUCAAGAGCUGGCUUGAGCGGCAACAGGUCUGUCCAAUAUGUCGUCGACCCGUGAUUGAUGCCGCCGGAGCUCAAUCUGCAAAUAAUGGCAACCCAGUAGCUCAAGAACCACAACCUGGCCCUGGUCAGCAGGAUGGUGCUGGAGCACAGGCCCAAGCAGCUGUCAGACCUCAGCGUAGGAUGCGGAUGCUCAACCUUGGGCCUCUGAGAGUUGGCUUCGGCCAAGCUAAUCUCCAAGAUUUUGCACAAGGUCUCGCUGGGCAGCAACAAGGACAAGAGAAUGGAGUAGGCGGAGCCGGAAAUGCGAGGAUUUAUGGUUUGGAGCUGGGAUUUCCUCGUCGAGCCCAAGCACAAGGCCAUGUGGGGGAAAAUCUGAAUGCGGCUGGGGCAAGUCCUAUCCAGGAUCAGCUUCAACAGCUCGAGCAGCAAGUUUUGGCAGAGAUUAGAGCUCUGCAAGUAACACAGCAAGAGCUACACUUAGUGCAGCUCUUGCAGGUAGAGCUUACUAGGCUGCGGCUGCUACAAAAUGGAGCGGCAGAUCCAUUGGCACCAACUUUUCAGAUGCCACAGGUAAACCAACUGCCACAACUUUCACUUCCACCUAUAGGACCAUUGGGAAAUGGCAGAAACCCCUCGCAGUACGCUACUCCUCAGUUGGCAAGACAUGUGGCGCGACCGAAUACAGCCGCUAUACCCUCAGGCAGUACCAACCUCCCACCUGGCGUAACUAUCCCAGAAGGAUGGUCCCUUCUUCCGUUGGAAAGAUUAGAUGGCAGCGCCGCCAUCCCGCAACCAACAAGUAUGGCAACUACAGCAUCUACAGCCACCACGCAAAGUGGCACCAGCCCUACAACCGGUAUUUCUAAUAAUACCUUGUCAUCCACGCCGAGAAUAAACCCCGAAGAUCACUCAGGGGCUUUGUCUACUGAUUCGUCCGACACAAACGCCAUCCACACUCCACUGUCAAUAGCAGCUGACCAAGCCAGCAUCGCAGCCCCGAAGACCUCAACGCAAAGUACCACCUCUACCUCCAGUAGCACAAGGGAAUCCACCGCAGCACAACCGGAGGAUACAAGCGCAAAUGUCUUGCCUCACUGGGGCUCCAAUCAACUAUAUAUGGGCUCAAGUUCUGUGGCCAAUCCGAUCAGUAAUGCAGAAGAAUCUUCCCCCAGAGCGUUGGCAGCACAAACCCCCACAAUUGUUGAUGUGCAGGGCAGUAUGGAUAGUACGGCUUCUUCCACGGCUGAGGAGGGAUUAUCUUCAUCACGAGAUACCCAUGAAGAGGAGCGCAGGAAGGAGAAGGGGAAAGCGAAAGCUGCCACGGUGGAGGAUACAGUUGACGAGGCAGAAGGGGCUUAAUCCAGGGCAGACUGAUACCUAGCUUCGUUGUCGUAUUUGACAGUGUAUUCUUGAUGGUGCAUGGAGCGGAGCGACCUUUAGGCUUGUUGUAUUUGUAACUCGAACGAAAGUUCAGAAGCGUAUCACAUACUUGCGCUCGUACAUGCUGACUUUUUAUCUGGAUAUUGCUGAAAAAGGUUUGUGCUGGCCCUGAACCAACUGGUCAGCGCUUCUCAGCUGAACUUUGACUUAUCGGCAUGAUAACCAAAGUUCCUUCUCCAUUUUGCCUUCCCCCUCAUGUAAGUUGUUGAACACAGUGGAUGGAAGGCCUUGGGAAUUUUGACGUCAGUCUACUAUUAAAGCAUUGCUGAGUUAGAUCACAUCUUUUCCAAAUCUUAUUUGUACAAGAACCCCCCCAUCCCUCCGCCACUGGCAUCUAGGCAAUUGCAUUUAUGGUACUAGAGUUAUUUCCCCUCACAGUUGCUCUGUUAAUAUACCUAAAUCAAAUCACGUUAACCCUUUGUCACUUCUUAGAAUAACUCUGGUCUGUCGACCUCAGACAUGCCUACGAGACCAUCGACUGACUCGGUAGUGAAGAAGCGUCCGCCUCCGAGCACAACAAUCGGAACCCCAUCAAGGUGAUUUCGCUGCAGUACUUCAAUUUCAGGAGAUCUAAUCGUCGGGCUUGUUAGGGAGAACAGGUCUGGCAACAUGCUGCAAG